AUGUCAAGUAGUGCGAAAAGGUCGGGUGUUUGGAAAUACUUUGUGGAGGUUGAUAAAAACAAAUCUAAGUGUAAUUUGUGUGGAGUUCAACUAUCACGUGGAGGUAUGGGAAAAACUGCGACUACUUCGUCCAUGAAAAGACAUUUGCAGACUAAACAUAAGUCGGAGUAUGAAGAGGUUUUUGGUACUACAAGUAUUGCUUCAAGUAGCAAAGAAUUUGUCUCUCAGUCCAGUCAAUCACAAGUGAGUGGUUUUUUGAAGCAGCCGUCUUUAGAAGAUAUGUUAGAAAAGAAAAAGUUGUGGGAUAUUAAUGAUUCUAGAGCAAAGAGGUGCCAUUAUUUAAUCGGUGAAAUGAUCGCAGUGGAUAACGAGCCAUUUUCUAUCGUGGAAAGUCAUGUAGGGUUUCGCCGGUUUGUCAAUAAUAUUUUACCGCAGUACGAGAUACCAAGCCGAAUAUAUUUUAGCGAAAAUGUAAUUCCAGAUAUAUAUAACAAAGUGGUGAACAAUAUCAAGUCAAGAUUGGCACCGGUCAACCACAUCUCUUUUACUACAGACAUGUGGACAUGUCAAACUAACAAAACUUGUUUCCUCAGUUGUACUGCCCAUUGGUUAGAAGAAAGUUAUAUGCUUGGUCAUGCAGUGCUAGAUAUAAAGGUUUUCCCAGAGAGUCAUACGGCAGAAAACAUAAAGAAAAGCUUACUCGAUUCGGUUUCCGAUUGGAACAUACCAGCUACGAAAGUACGUGCCGUUGUACAUGACAAUGCAGCAAAUAUAACAAAAGGUGUGAAAGACGCAAACUUCCCUUCUUUUCGUUGUUUUAUUCACACUCUGCAAUUAGUAAUUAAUGACGCUAUAGACGCUAAUACUUCUGUUAAAGAAACAAUUUCUGCUGCUCGACGAAUCGUGACACAUUUCAAUCACAGUGGUUAUAACAAACUUCACGAGAUUCAAGAGGAACUUGGCCUUCCAAAAAAGAAACUACAUCAAGAUGUUAUUACCAGAUGGAACUCAACUUAUUAUUUACUGGAACGUAUUAUUGAACAGAGACGAGCUAUUUCUGUCUACUUCGCAGAAUCUCGAAAUUUGAAUUUUGAAAACUUGUCAAGCGAUCAAUGGGAAAUAGUGUUGCAGUUAAUCAUAUUAUUGAAACCUUUUGAAGAAGUGACGAAAAUAACUAGUAGCACGUAUUCUCCUAUUUCCGAUGUAAUUCCGCAUGCUGUCACAUUGAUGAGAUAUUUACGAAAAGAAGAACUGUCGGAGAAAACGUAUCAAGUUGAUGAUUUUAGAAAUGCCCUCACCCACGCUACAAAAUCAACUUUUAUAAUGCUUAUCAAGCAGAUCAAGCUCGCAAGGCUGUCCUAA